GGCUAUAUUUAAAGUCCCGGAGCCGUUAAGUUGGUUCGUACUCGGAUGCGCGCGCGACCCGGGUGGUGGCAGAGUGCGCAUGCGUGAUUCUGGGACGAGAGGAACGCGCUCCAGCAGUGCGCGCUCGCGGCAAAGCGGUAGUGGUAGGGGAGGAAAGGGUCGGCGCACGCGCGGUUGAUUCCUCGAGUUGUUCGGGUCUCGCGGGCAUCUUGUGGUCUCGCGGGCGAGUGGGGCGCGCUUCGGGGGAGGUGCUUGGGCGCGAGACUAGGCGAGAAGAGCAGAGCUGCGCGCGCACUUAGGAGGGGGGGAAGGGAGCGGGGUCUAAGAAGGGGGGUUAAGCCCCCUGGCCCUCCUCCCCCCCCUCGACUGGGACGGAAUAAGGGGAGGAAAUGAUCGAGAUGGCGGCAGAGAAGGAGCCGUUUCUGGUGCCGGCCCCGCCACCGCCGCUCAAAGAGGAGUCUGGCGGAGGGGGCGGCCCCUCGGUGCAACCGCACCGAGAGGCUGCCUCCGGGGAGCUCCGAGGCAGGACGCAGCAGGGGCCGGGCCCGCGCGCACAGUCAGCCAGGGCCCCAGCUUCUGGGGCCGGCACGGAGAGCCCCGGUGCUACAUCCACCCCUCGGGGAGGCCAGUCGCAGCAGCAAAGAGGGGGCGGCCCCCAGGCGCACGGGGAGGCCCGCUUGUCGGAUCCCCACGGGCGAGCGGCUCCCCCGGACGUGGGGGAGGAGCGACGGGGAGGGGGCGGAACAGAACUGGGCCCCCCUGCCCCGCCCCGACCCCGUAAUGGCUAUCAACCCCACCGGCCCCCUGGGGGAGGUGGAGGCAAGAGGAGAAAUAGCUGCAAUGUAGGAGGUGGUGGAGGCUUCAAACAUCCGGCCUUCAAGAGGCGCAGGCGGGUUAAUUCGGACUGUGACUCUGUGUUACCCUCCAACUUCCUCCUGGGGGGCAAUAUCUUUGAUCCACUGAACCUGAAUAGUCUCCUGGAUGAGGAAGUGAGCCGCGCACUCAAUGCAGAGACCCCUAAGUCAUCCCCACUUCCAGCCAAGGGGCGAGAUCCAGUGGAGAUUCUCAUCCCCAAAGAUAUUACUGACCCGCUCAGUCUCAACACUUGCACUGAUGAGGCCCAAGUAGUUCUUGCUUCACCACUCAAGACUGGUCGGAAACGGCAUAGACACCGGGGACAGCACCACCAGCAGCAGCAGGCAACAACUGGAGGGAACGAUAGCCACUCCUUGCUGCCCACAGCCCCCCUCACCCCCUCACUCCAUGGGGAGGGCACCACACAGCAGCAGCAGCGGCACAGGGGCCAGAAUCGGGAUGCCCCCCAGCCCUAUGAACUCAACACAGCCAUCAACUGCAGGGAUGAGGUCGUGUCUCCCCUUCCAUCCGCCCUACAGGGUCCCUCAGGCUCCCUUUCAACCCCUCCAGCUGCCUCAGUUACCUCUGCACCCUCGUCUUCCUCCUCACGACAUCGAAAACGUCGCAGGACUUCCAGCAAGUCAGAGGCAGGGGCUAGGGGUGGAGGCCAGGGUCCCAAGGAAAAGGGCCGAGGGAGUGGGGGAAGCCGCCACCACGUCCACCCACUACCUGCAACAGGCUUUAAAAAGCAACAGCGCAAGUUCCAGUAUGGGAAUUAUUCCAAGUACUAUGGGUACCGCAAUCCUUCCUGUGAGGAUGGGCGCCUUCGGGUGUUGAAGCCUGAGUGGUUUCGGGGUCGGGACGUCCUAGAUCUGGGCUGCAAUGUGGGCCAUCUGACCCUGAGCAUUGCCUGUAAAUGGGGCCCAUCCCGCAUGGUGGGCCUAGAUAUCGAUCCCCGGCUCAUCCACUCGGCCCGCCAAAACAUCCGACACUACCUGUCUGAGGAGCUGCGACUGCCACCCCAGCCUUCUGAGGGGGACCCAGGGGCAGAGAGUGAAGAAGGGACUACGACAGUCCAAAAGAGAAGCUGCUUCCCAGCCUCACUGACAGCCAGCAGGGGUCCCAUCGCUGCACCCCAAGUGCCCUUGGAUGGAGCAGACACAUCAGUCUUCCCCAACAAUGUUGUCUUCGUCACGGGUAAUUAUGUGCCGAAUCGAGAUGAGGUGGUGGAGGCCCAAACACCUGAGUAUGACGUGGUGCUCUGCCUCAGCCUCACCAAGUGGGUGCAUCUGAACUGGGGAGACGAGGGACUGAAGCGCAUGUUUCGCCGGAUCUACCGGCAUCUACGCCCUGGGGGCAUUCUGGUCCUGGAACCCCAACCUUGGUCAUCCUAUGGCAAGAGAAAGACUCUCACGGAAACAAUCUACAAGAACUACUACCGAAUCCAGCUGAAGCCAGAGCAGUUCAGUUCCUACCUUACAUCCCCAGAGGUGGGGUUCUCCAGCUAUGAGCUUGUGGUCACACCCCAUAACACCUCCAAAGGCUUCCAGCGUCCUGUGUACCUGUUCCACAAGGCCCGUUCCCCCAGCCACUAAGUGGCCCCCUGAACAGCAAGUGUGAAGAAGCUGCCCACUGCUCCUAAGGAUCUGGGGGAAGAAGAAAUUAUCCCAGUCUUUCCUUUCUGGCUCCAAAGUUUCCUUUCUCAGAUCUGCAAAGAAAGCUUUUCCUAUGUUGUUGCCCCAGCCUCCCUCUGGCACCUAAGCAGCAAGCCCAACUGUACUGGAGUUACCACCAUCUUCCUCUCCCCCAGCCCGGUGGGCUGGAUGGCAUGGACUGUUUAUAGAUCUCUGUUCUCCUAGGGCUUGAGAGGUAGGGAGUACCAAUUCUCUAGCCUCUUCCUCCUGUUUUUCCAAGGAGAGAUUCCUGUUCUCCUCAGCCCUUGUCCCUAGCUACGUUUCAGUGGACCACGGAUAAAUGGACUGAGGGUUAAAAGGGGUAAGCUUGGCAGGGAGGCACGCUGGUACUGUGAAAAUCCUUCCCUCUGCUGUCCCCCAUUGGGAGAGGGGGUUGGGUUUGGAAUGUAAGAACAGCACAAUAAACUUGAUGUUUAGGGCAGUGGCCCCCA